ACUUAAGUCCUCCAUUUAGUUUUGAGACCUCUGGGGGACUACUCAGAGGUCACUUCAAAUAAUGCUAGGCUUGGCCUGCAGGAAGCUCUGAGCCUCAGGUUGGCUGAAGGGCAGGGUGGCUCGGAGUGAGUGUCUGGCAGUCAGGGUGGUAGCCAGCCAGCAGAGGGAGAUGGGCUGCGAGGGCCAUGGGUUCACGACCCUGCAGAAAGGGGGCAGGGCUGGAUGGAUGGAAGGCAGGGGAAAGCGGGCCAGAUGGCUUAGGGUGGACCAGGAUUCCACACCAUUUACUGUGCCCACGUUUCCUUUUAUUUCAGAUGUUUUCAAGUCAGCAAACAUUUACUGAGGAUCUACUGUGUACAAGAUGAACAUCUGCAACAAGCCCUCCAACAAGACUGCCCCUGAGAAGAAUGUGUGGACAGCGCCGCCGGCACAGCCCAGCAGACCCUCCCCUGAGCUGCAGGGCCAGCGAUCCCGCCGGAAUGGGUGGAGCUGGCCCCCUCACCCGCUCCAGAUUGUGGCCUGGCUGCUGUACCUCUUCUUUGCUGUGAUCGGCUUUGGGGUCCUUGUUCCCCUCCUGCCUCACCACUGGGUGCCUGCUGGCUACGCUUGCAUGGGCGCCAUCUUUGCCGGCCACCUUGUGGUGCACCUGACCGCCGUCUCCAUCGAUCCAGCAGAUGCCAACGUGCGGGAUAAGAGCUAUGCAGGGCCCCUGCCCAUCUUCAACCGAAGCCAGCAUGCACAUGUCAUUGAAGACCUGCACUGCAACUUGUGCGACGUGGAUGUGAGCGCUCGCUCCAAGCACUGCAGCGCCUGCAACAAGUGCGUGUGCGGUUUCGACCAUCACUGCAAGUGGCUCAACAACUGUGUGGGCGAGCGGAACUACCGGCUCUUUCUACAUAGUGUUGCAUCCGCUUUACUGGGUGUCCUGCUCCUGGUGCUGGUGGCCACAUAUGUCUUUGUGGAGUUCUUUGUCAACCCCAUGCGGCUGCGCACCAACCGACACUUUGAAGUGCUGAAGAAUCACACGGAUGUGUGGUUCGUGUUCCUGCCUGCUGCCCCCGUGGAGACCCAGGCCCCUGCCAUUCUGGCCCUGGCUGCCCUGCUCAUCCUUCUGGGCCUGCUGUCCACAGCCCUCUUGGGGCACCUGCUCUGCUUCCACAUUUAUCUCAUGUGGCACAAGCUCACCACCUAUGAGUACAUCGUGCAGCACCGCCCACCACAGGAGGCCAAGGGGGUUCACAGGGAGCUCGAGUCAUGUCCUCCCAAGAUGCGGCCCAUUCAGGAGAUGGAGUUCUACAUGCGGACCUUCAGCCAUGUGCGCCCAGAGCCCCCUGGCCAGGCCAGGCCAGCAGCAGUGAAUGCCAAUCCCUCCCAGUUUCUUGCCACCCAUGGCCAAGCGGAACCUCCACCACCCUCUUCCCCAGACACUCUCGCCCUGCCUCCCCGGAUCCGACCCCAGAAAAAGAGGAAGAGGCGCGUGUAUAAAGUGCGGACGUCUGAGACCUCGGAUCGGGCGUCGGGGCCCAGGGCCCCCGGCCGCCGCUCCAGCUCGUCGACGGAUUCCGCGGGCGCCAGCCCUGUGCACGCUGCUGGCCCUGCUGGCGCCUACCACUCGGCAUCGGCAGAGUCCGUGGACGAGAUACCAGUGGCGCAGACGCGCCUGGGCAGCGCCGCUCUGGCCGCCCCACGGGGCCAGGGCCGAGAGCCCACGCUGGCGCUGCAGGCGCGUGCGCCCGCCGUUUUCGUGAGUCCGAGUAGCGGCGAGCCCGCGGCGCCGGGCGGCGGGGAGGCUGGUCUGGCUUAGCUGGGCCGAGAGGCCAGAGGGCCGAGUUGGAGCGGCCGGCCCGACUCUCUAUGCAACACCCCAUCCUUGCCGCACCGAGUGCACUUUAGGGGCCCCUACGGCCGGCGGGAUCGGCCUCCCUCCCCCACGACUCAGCAAUACCCGCCCCACCGGCUGUGAUGCUCCAAUAAACUUUUUUAUGCUUUUGCGGA